UACAAAAUUUCGUGCAGUUGUGUGCGAAAAACAGAUGCUAUUUUGACUGUUCACUUUUCUUUCUGCUUCUUUCGUGGAUUAUUUCUUUUGUACAUGGUACUUUACUAAUUUUAUAAAGGUGAAAAGAAGUUAUUUUUGUAUUGUAACACGAACUAGAAGUAAAUCAAUCUCCGUUGACCAGAAACAUGGCGUCUGUUUUGAAGAAGUUGGUUCGACGAGACGCACGRAAUCUGAAUGGCAAUAUCCCCAAUGGCAGCUCACAAUGCAACCAUAAACAGUCCAAAGAAAAGGAAGAUAAAGAAGAGACAGAUAAAUCUACAGGAACAGGUGCUCAAAAAAAGCAAGAAUCGACGGCGGCGACUUCGAGCGAAGUUGCGUCUAUGUCUUUGUCUCAUGCACAAAGAGUUCGAACCAGGCGACUUAUGAAAGAAUUCCAUGACGUUAGCCGAAAGAACGAUUUGAAAAUAUUCUCAGCAGAAUUAGUAAGGGAUAAUCUAUACGAAUGGAACGUUAAGUUACACACAAUCGAUGGAGAUAGCCUACUUUAUCGGGACAUGGUUGAAACUGGAGCUAAAUACAUCCUUCUCAAUAUCACGUUUCCGGAGAAUUUCCCCUUCGCYCCUCCGUUUAUGCGGGUGCUUGCUCCUCGUAUUGAAGGUGGAUUCGUACUAGAUGGUGGUGCUAUAUGUAUGGAAUUGCUUACACCUAGAGGAUGGAGUAGUGCCUAUACGGUAGAGGCAGUUAUCCUACAGUUUUCUGCUGCUGUGGUCAAAGGCAAAGGACGAAUUGAUCGGGGCUGCAAGAAAGCGUUUUCUAAAAAAGAAGCGGAAAGUGCUUUCAAGCGCCUUGUUAAAACCCAUGAAAAAUAUGGUUGGGUGACACCACCAAAAUCCGAAGGAUGAAAAAUGUCUUGCGGAUCGAUAAAGGUCUUUUGUAGUUUGUAAGUUUUAUUUUGGCGUUCUUCUCUAGUGAUUUCCAUUGUCAACAACUUGUACACAUGUWAGAAAUCAUCCAACCGAUUCACAACAACUUUUACAUUAAUUUUACUACUUUUUUCAGAAUAUUUCUUUAAAGGGUUAGGUAAAUAUCUUCACAGAAUUAUGAAGAUGAAGUAAAGUGGUACUUACAGUAUUUGAGCAAAAACAAUAAACAUUAUAUCAACAAAAUGUGAUAGAAUACAAAAGGUACAACGAGCCCCUAGCUAUUAUUAAUUUGAAUUUUUUAUUUUGUCACUAUAUAUAAUCAAAAAUUUGUUAGAUUUGUAUGGAAUUACUUCAAAUUCACAAAAAGUUCAAGGCGUGAAAAUAGAAUUUCCUGACCAGUAAUGGUGCUGGUUGUUAAUGGACCAAUGUCCAAAACAUCAGUAAGUUAAUUUUUAUUUUACUAUGUACAAUAGAUUUAUCACCUUAUCACAAAUAAGCACCAACAGAGGACGAUUUUCCCUUGCAUARCUGUGCAGUUAUCUGUUUUUUUAAGCAAUGUUGUGAUAUGCCAACAAUCUUCAUCAUAAUCAUCAUUGGUAAUUGCCACAUAGCUGUACCUUGAUUAUAAAAGAUAGAAUCCACUAUAUUGCUGAGAUUUACCAAAAAAAUUAUAAAGAUUGAUUCGAACAUGGAGUUCCUGGAGUACAGUCGAAGAAACUGAAAUAUUCUAAGUACGAUAAAAGUUGAUUGAUUUUUUUAGGCUACAGAAUUGAAUUACACCAGAGGUUGGAAUUUACCCCUUCUCAUUGUUUAUUUAUGGUUGUUAAUUUUGACAGGAAACCAACCUCUUCUGGCACAGAUAGGAAAUAUAAAUAAGCUGAACAGUGUUUCACUGUGUUUCUCUAGUUAUAUUGAAUAAUUCCCACAAUUACUUUGAAGUGGAACACAAAUCAGUGACCUGUAACUGACCUGUAACUAUACCCAAUGACAACUCAUCCACAGCUUUGGUCAACCAUAUCUCUCUAAUUUAAUGGACCAAUCAACUGYAAUUUUCAGAGUUGGUAUGUGAAAGCUAGCAUGGAAGUGAGAAUUACUAUUUGUGCCACCAAAGGUUUUUCUAUUUUUGGCAUUACUGCCUCAAAAUAAACUGAAUGGGAAAGUGUAAAAUCCAACCUCUUUUUCCCAGAGUAGAUUUAAAUAAAAGCUAAGUAUUUUCUGAGAAUUCUAAAAUUUUGAUUUGACUUGUGUGAAUAUAGCUCAAAAUCUUAUUCAUUUCAAACAUGUCUGACUAUCCCAGUAAGAUUGAUAAAAUACGAUGUUAGAUAUCAAAACAAAACAUUGGUUUAGGAGACAUCAUUCACUGUACAAAGUCCAAAACUGUCUUUCUAAUUUGUACAAUACCUGGUCAAAUAGAUUAGUUGGCCAUUUUAAUAUAAUUAUUGUACAUAGUUUCUGUUGAGAAAAAAAAAGUUUURUUCGUGUUAUUGCCAUAUGAUAUUCCUUUUUAAUACCCAUGAAAUAGAUAUCUUACUAUUUAGCAUGUCCAGAAAUUCUUUGUUUUUGUAACAAGUGCUAAAUAGUGAAAAGUUUUUCAUGGUUACAGAGUGAGGGCAAUGAAAUAGUGCAACAGAAACAAUAAAGCAAUGGGAUUAGAUACUUUAAGGAGUGCUAUACUUAUAUUUCAUUAUAAGUCAAAAUCAGAGUUCACAAUGUUGCUGUGUGUAUCAGGAUUUCAAUAACAAACAGCRAUGAAUCAGAAUGAUCAUCUAUUUAGAGCUGUGCUGUUUAAACUGUGAUAAGGCUUAUAUGUUUGAUGCCCUCAUUCUAUUAUACUCAAAUGUACUAAUAAUAACAAUGGAAUGGGACCGUUCCUCUGGUGGAGAAGUAAAAAUGAUUAACAACUGUUGUUAUUGAGUUGAAUAAAUUGUUAGUAGUAAAAAAGUGCAGUAAAUGCAUACUCACCAAGCAA